AUGUUACAACCAGUUCACAAAGAAUGCUUUGAACGUCCUCAGAAACUUGGGGCGAGAGGAGGACUUUUUCGACUGGUCGACGACCCUGCACGGAAGAAAGGACGACCCUAUAUUCCCACCUUGUCUGUUGCGCUUUCUACUGAGACGAUCACGAAGGACAACUCCACGAAGUGUCCAGCUGAUGACGCCGAACUUACCAAGGGCCGGGCAAAAUCGACGCUGUCUCCGAUACACCUUGUUGACAUCAAAGGCGCACGAAAGCUGGCGUCGUCAAUGGAUGACUCUAUUGUGCACAUUGAAUUUGACAUCUCACAGCUUCUGGAGCUCAAACACAACACUGGCGACCACAUGGCAGUCUGGCCUGAGCAUAAAGAUGCCGGAACCACAGCCCUCACAACAACCCUAGGACUGUCCGAGGUGGACUUGACGAGGUGCUUGGGUAUCACUGCAAAUGACCCCAAGGGCCGCUGGAACUCUUUGUCCCAUCCGACUCAUCCAUAUGUGCACUACAUCGUCCUCCGCGCUCCCGGCGAUCUUGGUAAAGGCGAGCGAUUUCAUCUACGGAAGUGGCAAGCAGUUCUCUCCAACACGGAAGCCAACAUCACGGACAACUCCGUCAUCAUUUGA